AUGGUAAUCUGGAAGUGUCCUCCAGUGGGGUGUCUUAAGUUAAAUAUUGACGGUGCAUUUGUCAAGGAGACUGGAGCAGGAGGAGUGGGUCUGGUACUUCGUGAUUCUUUUGGGCAGUUCUUGCUGGGGAAAGGAAAGUCCAUGUUUGGUUUGCUUUCAGCUGAACAUGCUGAAUUACUGGCUUGUAAGGAAGCUUUUUUGCUCAUUGUUGAAUACUCUUUGCAGCCUGUUAUAGUGGAAACUGAUGCUCUCACUGUUGAGCAACAGUUGACUGGGAUGGGAAACAACUUGUCCUUGCUUGGCAGGAUUUAUGAUGAUUUGGGCUUCUUGCUCAAGGAGAUGCCAAAUGUCUGUUUGGUUCACACAAGGAGGGAGGCUAACAAGGCUACUCAUCUAAUGGCAGCACAAGCUUCUUCUACAGGCCUUACUUUUUUAUGUUCAGAAGUUUCUUCUUUUCUUGCUUCUGUUAUAACCUCUGAAUCUUGUAAUCAGUAG